CCGACUCGUCGCCAAACAAGUUAAAAUAAAACAAAAAGAAAACAAAUAAUUAAAAAAAAAAGAACUAACUCUCUCAAAUAAAUAAAUAAAUUAUUAUCCAAUUAAAUUCGAUAAAAACGAACGCCGCAGCGAAGAGAAAUAGAGAGAUCUGUUUGUUCUCUGAGAAAACGAACAGAGAAAAUAGAGAGAGAGGAGAUUAGAGAAGGGAAGGAAAGAUGAUGUCCGGAAACUACACUCACAUUGACAAUCAGAAGGUCUCGGGAUCUGUAGCUGCGGUUACGGAUCCAGGGCACAUUCCAGUUCAGUUCGCAGAGUCGAAUCUGCAAACUUUUCCGCCCUCUGGCGCUCAGGGAAAGAUCAGUAGUGGAUCCAGGCCUCCGCGCGAUGCUGAUGAUUCAUUUUCAAAACCAGUCAAUGGUACAGAUGAACCGCAGCAGCAAGGGGGUUGGCUUCGGGUGUUCUCGGUUGCUUCAUACAAGCCAUACUUUGAUGUUGAUACUGUAGAUGUUCUAGAGAGAAUCAAAGAUUCACUUUUCCCAUUCAACGGUUCCUUCAACGAAAAAACAGCUGAAAACCCAGAUUUGUACGGACCAUUCUGGAUAUGCACAACCCUAAUUUUCGUAGCAGCUUCAAUCGGAACAUUUGUGACUUAUGUAGCACACAAGAUCGAGAAGAAAGAAUGGAACUAUGAUAUAAAUGUUGUGACUUGGUCUGCCGGUUUGUUCUAUGGAUAUGUCACUCUUGUUCCUCUCGCUUUGUACGUGAUCCUCAAGUACUUUUCAGCACCAUCAGGCCUUGUCCAGCUCUUCUGUCUUUAUGGCUACUCUUUGUUCAUCUUCAUCCCAACACUGUGUCUCUCGAUUGUGCCCUUGGAGAUCUUCCGGUGGAUAGUUGCAGGCGUCGCAGGGUUCAUGUCAGCAUCAUUCGUCGCGCUGAACCUCCGAGCCCACAUCAUGUCGGCAGGGGAGAGGUGGUUCUUGAUCGUCGCGGGGAUCUUUCUGCUGCAACUAGCCCUGUCCGUCGUGUUGAAGAUGUAUCUAUUCACUGUCACAUGGUAACAUCGGAGCUGAACCCAUCGUUGUCACCGUCCCUGGUUCUUUAUUUGAGGCACAUGGAGAACUAUAUGAUGUAGAUUAGAGGAAAAAGAAAAGAGUUUCCAUUUUUGGGUAAAAAUAUGUUUGUUAGUCUUUCAUAUGAUUCAUAUACAAGUACAAUCAUCGCAUUGUUCGAAAUAUCAUGGUACGCUUGUGUAUUUUGCUCAGUUGAUUGAUGGGGAGAGUAUAUAAUUCAUACUUGAUUGAUACGACUAGCCGUUUCCUCUUGGAUAUGCGGGAGACAAUUGGGAGUUUGGGUAAAUGCCGUACGAUUCUGUUUGCUCC